AUGCAGGCCAAGAAGCACGACCUCUUCCUUUUUCAGAUGUGGGAGGAGAUGGGAGCAAAGUAUGGAAAGGUGUUCAAGUGGUUUUGGGCCACACAGCCCGUCAUCACCAUUCGGGACCCCGAGCUGACGCGCCUCAUCUGCGUCAAGCACUUCAAGGCUUUCCCCUGCCGCUCCAUGUUCUACCCGCCGCAGCCCAAAGUGUACAACGACGUCCUGUCAAGCGGGCUGGUGUUUGCCAAGGGCGCCUACUGGAGCAGCGUGCGCGGCGCCCUGCAGCCGCUGUUCCACGCAACAGGUCUGGCGUCGUACCACCAGAUCACGGCCGGGGCGGUUGCUGAGCUGGAGGCUGACCUGGCGGCUGCGGCGAAGGAGGGGGUGUCCGUGGACGUGGCGGCGGCGAUGUGCAACCUCGCGCUCAAGGUGAUCGGCGAGGCCGCUUUCGGCGUCAAGUUUGACGUGUUCGAAAAGGAUGCGGCGGGCCGCAUCACCGAGGGGCCCAUCGUGGCGGCCGCAAACACCCUGGCGCGCCUCAACCUGGCGCGGUCCCAAAUCUUCACGGCCGCCAUCGUCCUGAUCAAGAACGCCAUGGCGCGGCUGGCGGCGAAGUGGGUGGACGACCUGGGCAUGGAGACUGCAUUUGCCAACCCCUCCAGCGCCGCGCUGGCCGCCAAGUACGCCGACUCUGCCCCUGCAGAGGGCUCGGUGGUCGACUGUCUGGUGGGCGCGCGCAACAAGGAGACAGGCGCGCCCCUGAGGGCACACCAGAUUGUCGCGCAGGCCAACAGCAUCAUGGUGGCCGGCCACGACACCACCAGCUUCAUGAUGGCUUCCGCCCUCUACUUCCUGGCGGCAAACCCCGAGGCCAAGGCCCGGCUGGUGGCCGAGGUGGACAGCUUUGGGCGGCAGCCGCCGGAACAUGAUGACCUGGAGCAGUUCCCUUACGUUGAGGCCGCACUGCAGGAGGCGCUGCGCCUCAACCCCCCCGGCUGGAUGACGAGCCGGGAGUGUGUGGAGGACAUCGACAUCGACGGCUGGAGAAUCCCCAAGGGAUCUGUCGUGUAUAUCGAUAUCCACGGCAUCCAGCGGUCACCAGAGCACUGGCCCGAGCCCCUGGCCUACAGGCCCGAGCGGUUCCUGGGGGGCAGGGACGGCGAGGAGGCGCGCUCCCGCCACCCCCUCGCGCACAUGCCGUUUGGGGCGGGGCCGCGGCUGUGCAUUGGCUACAAGCUGGCGAUGCAGGAGGCGACGCAGACGCUGGUGCGGCUGUUCCAGCGGUUCGACUUUGAGGUCGACCCAGGGAUGGCCGGGGAGGGCGGCGGCAUGCCCCAGCUGCGGCCGGGGAUCACAUUGGGGUUCAGGGACGGGCUGUGGCUCAAAGUGCGGGAGCGGGUUUGA